GCUACCUGUGGGGCCACUCAAAGCUACCUGUACCUGUUUAAACCUUCUGGAUCCGUGCCAAGGCAUGAUAAGGAUGCCUUUGCAAGAGAUUGAUAAAGUUGGGGAUAAAAGUGGUGGAGGCCAUCACUCUGAGGCGUUAGAAGAUAUCCCCAGCACUGAUUCAGGUGAAAUUAUAUUGCUGCCCCUCCCUCCAGCAAACAACACUAUCCCAUCAGAAAGUGAUGUCAGCAUCCCAAAUGAGAUGGAAGAUGUUGGUGUGAAGAGUACUGGUGGCAUUUUAAAUGAGGUAGAUGAAAAGGAAGAGCAGAAGUUAACUGAGAGCAACAAAAGAUCUGCUGGUGCUACAGAUUUCUCAAGUCAAAAUACAUCCUCCAUAGAUGAUGCAGUGCUAGAUCAGGUUGAACCAGUGACAAAUGACUUGCAGGAAGUAGCUGCUGAUCAGAAUGAAGUAAAGGAGAUGGAAUCCCACAUUAGUAGCAAUGUCAGUCAGCAGAAUGAAGAAGAGGCAGAAGCAUUCACAACCAAAAAGCCUCUGCAGUUCAGGAAUGAUGAACUCUCCUUUGGCGAAACCGAGUCAGAGUCUAUUGUGGAUGUAAGCCUUAUUUCAGGGUCAGACAGUCUUUCAUCAUUAAAACCUCUGAAGAUCAAGAAACGAUCAAAAAAGAAGAGCACUGCGAUUGUGAGGGAUGGAAAGGAUUCUGACUCAUCUGUGUCGUCCAAGAAGAAGGGAUAUAGUCGCAAGAUACUAGUCAAGUGCAAAUUUUCUCCUGAGGGUCUCAAGUAUAUUGAAGAUUGCCUGAAAUGGCACAUAUUUUCUGGUUGGGUAGAGGAACGGAAAUGGAUUGAAAAUCUAGGAAAUUACAGAGAUAUAAUAGAAAUAGAUGAGUGGGAAACAAAUAUCAAUAAAAAUUUAAGAUAUAUAAUCAAGAAAAUUCCAGGUGUUCAAGAAAGUACAAAGUGGAUUAACAUAACACCACCUUCUGUUGUCCAGCCCAGCUACUGCCUGUGGGUUUUACUUGAAGAAGCACCCAUUCCUGGUCACUACUGGUUUGUCAUAACUAGUGUUGGUGUGCAGUCCCUUUUCGGUCUGAAAAUUUCACUGAGGAUUAUCAGGAGCAUCCAUCCUCAAGACUAUGAGGAAGCAGAGACCCGCAGCACAAGAAGGAAGCAGUUAGCAUCAGGUGAACCAGGCAAGGAGAUACAGGCAAUCAGCCAGCAGUUUGCUGAUUGGUGGGACCAAGCACAGCAGUUAAAUUUUGCACUGGUCUGGUCUGCCAUUGCUACAACUCUAACUCUUAGCAACAUUCGAGAUGCUCUCAGAUUCCUUACAAUUGUGAUUGUCACACUAACAGUUGGCUUGGUGACGUUUUUGAGAGAAUCGCAUCAUGUGGUGCUGAGAAUCGUCCAUGAAGCAGGAUUAUUCCUCCACAACGUGACCCCCUUCCUCCAGUCUGUGAUUUCAUUCAUGGAGAAGAUUAUGGGUGGCAUAUAUUUAGUACUAGCAGUGAUGUAUAAGGACUGGAGACGAUCAAGUGCUCCACCUCCACAGUCAUUCCAGGGUCCAAGGCAGGCACCCUUCCCCAUCAUGCCAAACAAUACUCCUCCACCUGCCUACCCUCCAGCUGGGCCAAGAGUGGUUAAAUAUGUAGCUCCAGAACAGUGGGUAUAUAAAAAGCAAGAUAAUAUUCAGCUACCAAAUUGAAAAAGAAUUCUAUCAGGAAUUGUUUUUUUGAUUCAAGAAUGGUGUUUGAUCAAGGUGUUCAGAUGGUAUUGAAUUUUUUUUUUUUUUUAUACAUUUAGAAAAUUUGGAAAGAUAGUAAAAAAAAUUAUGUACUAGCUUUUGCUUUUUAGGUAAAAUAUUUUCUGAUACACUGUUAUGGAUAUAUAUUUGAUGGUACUAAUCAAGGUAUGGUGAUAGCCAUUAUUAUUAAUUUUAGCAACUGCUGUAUCAGUUGAUAAUAAGUUAUUAUUCUAGUCUUUUAUUGCUUUUUUCCUAGUGAGAUAGAACUUUAUAAUACUAGUCACCUAGGCUUAUUGAAUUAGGAAACUUCAAAAUACCAAAUUUACAAGAAGAAUGUGAUAUAUUUACAUUUUUAUAACAAAUUGUAUUCUUUUAUUUUCAAGAUCCCCUGCUCAUUAUGCAUAGGAAACCGUGAUAUAUAAAAGUGAAAAAGUGCCUUUUCAUAUUAAAAUUACCAUUGUGCCUGAUUAUGAGAAUAGUUACUCUACUAAUGUCCUGAAAAAUAAAGGGGUGACAAAUUAAAUGUAGAUGAUGAAACUAAGACUGACACAAUAUAUUUAGUUGCUAUAAAAAGUGAUAGUAACCUCGGCCAACCUAUAUUCAGUAUAGUAGCUGCUUAAAUGGGAUGUUAGUUGGUUGAGUAGAUAAUUCCUAGAGAGAGUUUUUUAUAAUAGCUUAAUCCUCAGUGUAGGAUAAAGUACAUCAUUGCCUUAAGAAAUUCAUGAAAUAACUUAUGUGAGAAGAACUAUUAGCAGAACUUUAUAACAAAAUGGUAGAUUUUUUUCUUUCUUCUUCUUCUUCUUCUUCUUCUUCUUCUUUUUCUUUUUUGAAAGCAACGGUUCUCAACUGGUGGUCCAUGGUUACUGUUUUGAUGUUCACAAUAUUUGAUGAUAAACUGAAAACUGUUGCAUGUACAGUACGAAAAUAGGAUCAAAAUGAGUGAUUAAGCAUUCAGUUCACUGCAUUAGCCUGUUUAAGAAAUAUAUUGGCAAUGUGAAGUUUAGGUUUUAAUAGUACUGCAAGUUGCAAUUAAGUUUCUUAAAGUAAUUUUAAUAUUCACACAGCUAUACCUGUCCUUAGGUGCAUGCAAAGGAGGCUUUUUCUCUUUUCUUGUGUUUAAUUUGUUUAGUUAAUAUUUUUAUAUUUAUUUUAUUAAUUAAUUCAUUCAUUAUUAUUAUUAUUUUGUUUCAAUUAUUACUCACAGAGGAGAUGGUCCAUUUUUAUUAUUCUGGUAGUCUAUGGCCUUUAACAAGUUGAGAACCACUGCCACAGAUCUUGUGAUGGAAAAAAAGAUAAAGUUUGUAUUUGUUUCAAGACUAAAAAACAUAGGUGUGUGAUGGUUCUUAUAUUGUGAUAAAAAAGAAAUGUUUACAUGUAUUGUGAUGUUGGUGGUGAAGGAUAUUUUAUAAAAAUAUGUAUAUUUUAAAAUUUGUUAUAUGCUAGGCUCAUUUAGUUUUUAACAAUUUUCUCCUAUCCAUAUUUGGGAAUUAUUGUUGGCCCUUCUAGUCUUUAAAUUGACUUUCAUUUAUAAAUUUUCAUAACAAAAAGUAGAAAUGGCUCCAAAACUUUAAGCACUGAAUCUAGCAGUACUUCGUCAUAAGGUAUGAGAGAUGUGUUGAAAGGAUGAAAGGCUGACUUUAUGCCAGUCAUGAAUGGGCUAGGGAAGCUAUGGAUAUGAUAUUCCUCUGUUUUGUUGUCUAGCCCUUACCCCUUAACCCAUUGCUGCCGGGGAAAAUGAACAAAAAAUGGAGAAAAUACUGCACUAAUUUUUUAUAUUUUUGUGAAAUAUCUCUGGCUCUGCUAGUCCUGAUUUCACCUUUCCUUGAACUGGUGGGAAAAAACGUAUUCUUACUAGUGCUUUAAAUAUAGAUGGUGUUAUUUUUAACAGCAAAUUAGGAUAACGUUAAAUAUUUUCAUAAAUCGAUGAAAAGGGUGAACGGGCAAGACAGGCAGUACUUGUAAUUGGCUCACUGGUGACUUAUCUAUGUUUAAUAACAAUCAAACAAGUUGACUCACAGUGGGCAUGGCAUGUAUGUACAUGCCAUCCCUGGCGGCAAUGGGUUAAGUAGGCCCUGUGGAGUGAACCUUUUCUCUCCCCAACAUACGCCAGGCUUAUCAUGGCCAGUCAUGAAGAUUUUAUGCCCCAAUUAGGGGCAUUGAGGCUUCCCUUUUUAUCAACACCCCAAUGAUUUUAAUCCCCCAGAAUCACUGACCCCAGGCUCUCCUUAGAUCGUGAUUCUGAACACUACUCCUCAACACCUACUAUCACCUCAGUCCAGUCCAAAUCAUCCACCCAUGAUAUUACUCAACCUCCAGGAAACAUUUCACCUCUCCCUACAUCACCUACUACAUCUACUACCCCUCAUCCCUUAUUACUACUUUGCAGCCUGAUAAUCCAAAGUUUCCUUUUGAGGCUGCCUUGAUUGUUCCCACCUUGUCACAGUGGCAACCAAAUCCCAAACUAAAGCAUUAUUAACCCUGACUGACUUCACUGGCAGACCCUAAUUUGUGCCCAGCCUAAUCUCUCCCUCAGUGCUUGUGCUGGAAUGGUUUCUAUCUCCCUGACAAACUACCCAGUCGACAACAAGGAUUGGCCAGAUUGCAGAGAAGACUUACUCACCAUUUCCCCUAGAGGCCUAAAUAAGUCCUCCACCAACAUUGCAAAUAUUACUUUCCAUACACAUGAUCUCUCCCUUCAUAUUUAUAUUGGUGGAGAAUCCCACCUUGACCAUCCAUAUCAGCAUUCACCCCCAUUGAUGUCAGAAAUGUUGCCAAACACUUCGACUCCAUAGUCUGAUGCCCUCUAUGUGCCCAAUCUGGCCUUUAUGUAAGGCCAGACAGGAAGCACGUCAAUAAGGUUUGUCUCUUAAUCCCUACUCCAGAGCUUCUGUUCACUCAGACCUGUACAUCCCCCCUAUACAUAUUCCUGCUCCAUCUAAUGUUUCCAUUUCUACCUCCUUCCUCUCCCAAUCAAAUUCUUUUACAGUUCUAAAUCCAGAUGCCCCAACACCUGCCCCUCUCCCUCCUCACUCUAUCUGUAGCAGACAAUCUAAACAUUCCACCCCAUCUUCUCUUACCACACCCUCUCCUCCACCUACUUCUUGCUCUAUCCCUCAGAUGCCUAUCUCUUCUCCACUCAUAAGAAAACCUUUGUUCCUCAGACCUACCCAACCAAAUCUACUUCAGAAUUGCUCAAAGGCAUUCAAAACUAUCUAAUCAUGACCUAAAAUAACAUGCCUGCACCUCAUCCAUCUUCCAAUCUCUCUACCCAUUUUCCCUCUAUACUUAAAAUAACUGCCAACAUCCAUCCUCCUCCUAUUCAUGUUACCCCUACACCCCUGCCUCCCACUCCCUCCCAACAUAUCCCAUUCCCCCUACUUCAUCUAUAUCAUCCCCCCUUCCUUCCUCAUUAUCCCUUCCACUUCCCCCUGGAUACAUGUGAGUCUUUGUCACAACAACCCCCUUUCCCUAGAUUCUUUUCCUCCUGAUAUUUCUCCUGAAACUGUGAUCUGAUUACCCUUAAACCCACUUUAGCCCAUUUACUCACCCUCUCUACCCUCACCCUUCUUUGCCCCUUUCACUGCCACACUAUUCUGAACUGUUAUACAACUUUUGCCAUGUAACACAUUUAAUCAUCAGCUAACCACCAUCUUUACCCUUUUCACUAACACACCUUAUUAUAGUGCUAUAUGACCUUUGAUGUAUAACACAUUUAAUUUACUAUGUAACCAUUAACCAUCAGGCAGUACUUCUCCUAAAAAAUAAUACUGAUAGAUUGAAGGUACCACUAGAUAGUAUAACAGUUUUUUUUAAUGGCAUUUAUGGUUUUGCCAUUACAUUUUCAGGCCUGGAACUGAAGGUGAUUUUGGUGCUAUUUUACCUAUAAUAAUUGGCAUUUUAUGGUAUUUAAACCAGAAGUCAGUUUACAGUAAUGAUGAAAUAUCCCAUAAAUCAAAGGACAGAAGGAUUUUAAAUUUUCUUUGUCUUUGCUGAUAAAUUAUAGGCUUAAAACAAUGAGCAAAAACAUUUUUGGUGCUUGAAAUGAAACAUGAUUCCUGCCCUUGUAGAACUUUUUGUUUUUACA